AUGAAUAAUGCCCAAGAAGAAGUCGGAAACGACAUGUGUAAAAACCACACUGGAAGAUCCGAAAAGGAUUUUUACAGGAUUUGUCCUUCAAAAUUAAGUAAGCGUGAGCUAGAAGACAUGUACUUUGCUCUUGUCGAAAAUAACAUGGAUCUCAAAAAAACUUCAAAUGGGCAGCGGGAACAGAUCAAACUUUUGAACACUAAAGUCCAGAGGAUGAUGGCUCAGCGACCCACUACCACUAGGGAGCUAAAGGAAUGCUGCAUCAAUAAUAAAGCUAUUAUAAAUGAGCAAAAGGAUGUCAUAGCUGAUCUGAAAAAAAGUAAUGAUCGCUUAACAGAAAGAAUUCGCUUGCUUAACAUGAGACUUUGCUCUGCAAAGCAGUUUCUCAAAAAAGGCCAAUUACCAAAUAGUGCCCGAUGCCCAAAAUGUUGCAAUGGUGUGCCUGUAUCUAUUAAAAAUUCAUCCACCACCGGUCUUAUCACAGAACAUGUUGAACCCAGUGUUAAAUCUGCAAAUGCAUCCUGCCAAUACCUUGCAAAUGUUACUUCACCGACACCCGGAUCUUCUGCAAGAGAACAGCCAGAGGCUCCAGAUAAAACAAAUGAAUUGUGCGAUCAGAACAAAUGCCGCACUGCAAUGGAGGAGCUUAAACAGAAAACAUUAUCGCUACAAGAGGAGCUAUCGCAAACGCACGAAGAAUAUGCGUCGCGUAUAAAAAAGUUGGAAGAUGAAAUGACGCGUCUCAAUACUGAGAACGUACGCGUACGUUCGGAGUCUACGUCUAGCGAACAUCGUAUGGAACGACAAAGUGGGGAGAUUUCAGAUUUAUUGCAAAGGUUGAGGAAGUGCGAGGCCCAAUGUGAGCAUUUGACAGUCCAAUUAAAGAUAGAGAGAAGUCGGUCGGCGGAACUAGAGAUGCAAUCGAAGGCUUUGGAUAUGUCGUCCGCAAUAGCUACGGCUGUUGAACAACACCUAGCCGGAUUAAAUUUAAAAAAGGAGGAAGUGGAUACAAAAGUAAAACGCGAUAUGUCAGCUCAAAGUAUCGACAACAGUUCUAUGUAUCAUUGCCAGUUCCAACUAAUAGUUCCCAAUAAUUCUAUUUCAUCUCAAACGGACAAAGUAUCAGAAGCGAGUUCGGAAAAAUUUAUUAAUCGACCUUCAGAUGAUUCAGGGUACACUGAUAAUAGCAAUGCUUCUUGUGAGGAGUCAACCAAAAAGGAUAUCAAAGUCGUGAAUGAAAUUUCCGCUCUUCAAGAGCAGUUGGACAACUUGAAACAGUCGCUUGGAGAAAAUCGCGACAUUGAUUUUGACGAAUCCAUUUUACUAAGAAGAAAGUCUUGUUUGGAAAGACCAUCAUGCAGUAAAAAAGAUGACUUUACAAAUCCACCGGUGCCCGGUGAUCGCGAUUUUCUUAUAAGGACAAAUCGACUUAAUUCUUUCAAAAGCACACAAGAAUGGUGCAAGGACUAUGACAGAAGUGAUGCAGGUUCUUCUAUCUGUGAUAAUCGUUCAUUAUCUGAUAUAAAAGAUAAAGAAAAAUGCAAUUCUGAUAAAGAAAACUAUACGAUUGAACAGAAUUGUGAAAAAGACAUUUUUAAUAACAAAGAUGUACCUAAACUCGAUUUAAGCGACGUUAACGAAUCUAGCGAAGGAAACAAAACAUAUAGAAAAGAUGAUGAUGAAAAAAACGCUGAUAAACCAAACGAUAGUUUUCACUUCACAAAAGAAAUGAUAACUAAAAUUGAUGGUAAACUUGUCUCUAAACCGUUUCAUGAGAUAGAUAGAAAAGCAUCGAUUGAUGACUUUCAAAAAGAGAGAGAUAAUUAUAAAGAAAAUAAUAAUUUGACAGGUCUAUCGAAUAUAAAGAAAACUUCGAUAUCACAAAUCGAAUCUACGGAAAUUGAUAGGCAGUUUGUGUCGACCGGUGUUGAUCCUAUAGAGUUGCCUUUGGAUAGGUUUAAAGAGACUGGUGUUCAUACUGAUGAGACAGCAUUGUCCUUAUUAGAGAAGAAUCGCCUUGAAAUAUGUGAGCAAUCAGUCCGCGUGUGCACUUGUCCGGAGUCCGCCCGUCGUGGUACGUCAAUGUUCCGUUCGUGUAGUGGUUCACUUCGCUUCACAACCACGACCUCUAACAGCAAGUUUCGGAAGUGUAAUUGUGCCGAUAAUUUAUCUCUGGAAAUGAAAGGUGUUAAAGAUUCCCAAACUUAUGUUCGUAAACCAUCAACGCCACACGGUACAUUUGUUCUACAGGGUGAGGCAAUAUUGGACACGAUGUCACCCAACACAACAGGCUGUGAAGUAUCCUCUUUGACGGAUUUACCUUCGGAAAGAGAAGCUGUAAGUGCGCAAACGUCUCUAGGUGAAGAUAAGGGCACAUAUACACAAAGCGACGAAACGCCACGCUCAACUACGGACUACGGGUCGCUCAGUGAAGGCGAAGUACCGAUUUCUGGACGUAAACGGCCUUCGAUUGGUGAAGCGCCUCCUGAUGUCAAUUUGCGACGUCGAGAUACAUCGACUUCAGAAAAAAUGGAGGACACAUUGCGUGCGAUCAGCGAAGAGUUGUCGAGAUGUAGGCAUUUGUUACAGAUGCAAUCCUCACACGAGGUAAUUGACUAUUAA